AUGAACUCCGUGACUUUACACACCGACCUGGGCGAUCUCAAACUGGAGGUCUUUUGCGAGAGCGUUCCCAAGACAGCGGAGAACUUUUUGGCGUUGUGUGCAAGCGGAUAUUACGACAACAAUCUCUUCCACAGGAGCAUCAAAGGAUUCAUGGUGCAAACAGGCGACCCCACAGGAACAGGAAAGGGUGGAACGUCGAUCUGGGGCAGAAAGUUUGCGGAUGAACUUCGUGGCGGUCUGAAGCACACGGGCCGUGGCAUUGUGUCGAUGGCGAAUUCGGGACCGGACACGAACGGGUCACAGUUCUUUAUCACGUACGACAAACAGCCGCAUCUGGAUACGAAAUAUACGAUCUUUGCAAAGGUCAUUGAUGGCGCAGACACGACUCUGGAUGCAAUUGAGAAGAUCCCUGUGGAUGCGAAGAACAGGCCGACACAGCCGAUCCGCAUUCUAUCGACGACCAUUCAUGCUAAUCCUAUUGCAGACAGGGAUCGCUGAAUCAUGAAGCGAUACUUGUACAUGAGAGUGUUUCGGACUGAAAUGGAUCGUAUAGCUACACACACACCUUUUUUUUUUUUUUUGCUACUUAUCCUGCAUAUGCCCUGUACAUUAUCACUACGUUCUUACUUCUCGUUGUAAACCGCAAAUAAAAAGCAGUUAAGCACAAUGUCGAUGCCAAUGUCACUUUCAAGACUAAAUCAGACACCAAUGCCAAUGUAGACGAAGACUUGCGAGCAGGUUCCCCAAGAUGAAUGCAAUCGUAAUGAUUUAUAACCGGACUUUGAUCUCUUCACUUGGACCAGUCGCACAAAGCAAAAUGUGAAGAUCGGACCAUUGGCGAAGAUCAAGAUAAAAUGUGCUGCGUGGGAUCGCUGUAGUGUUUAUGCAUGGUUUGAAGGGAAUGCUGACAGAUGUGCUCCAUUGAUAACCGUCGGAACAGUGGGAGAAUAGGAGGAAGAAAGAAUA